AUGACUUACUCUACUAUUGAUCAAGCUAUUCAUGCUGUUCUUAAAGCUAGUCCUAAGGCUUUCUUAUGCAAAUGUGAUAUAGUUUCAGCUUUUAAACUACUACCUACUCGUCCAUCUCUUGUUCCUUUCUACGGUUGUCAUUUGAAUGAUCAACUUUAUUUCUUUGUUAGACUUCCUUUUGGUGACCGUAGUUCGCCUUGCAUUUUUGAUUGCUUAUCACAGGCUUUAGAAUGGAUUCUACUGAACAAAUACUAUGUGCAAUACUGCCAAUAUCUGCUCGAUGAUUUUAUUACUGUUGAUUGUUCUGAACAAGAAAGUCUUCGUACUAUGGCUAUUAUUAAAAUGGUUUUCAAGAACUUGAACAUUCCUUCAUCGCCUUCCAAGACUAUCUGUCCUGUUACUAGUCUCGAAUACUUGUGGAUUGUUCUAGAUACUGAUGCUUUUGAAUCCCGAAUUCGUGUUGAUAAAAUAAAUCGAAUUUGCAACCUUAUUCACCAAUUAUCUAGGAAGAAACGAUGUACUAAACGAGAACUUUUACAACUUAUAGGUCAUUUUAAUUUUGCCACACGUAUAAUUAUUCCUGGUAGGACUUUUUUGUCCUAUCUUUUUCGAGUAUCAUGUUUUGUUGACGAACUGCACUAUCAUGUACGCUUGGGUAAAGAAGCUCGCAUUGAUUUACCAAUGUGA